UACAUCAUUCAGCAUCUCUCAUUCCCGGGCUGUUGAAUCGAGCACUAGGUGGCAUCCACGGCUCCGCGUCUCUCCUCUUCAGUCCAGACAUCCAGGCAGAGGCGACGGGUGUCUCAGGGAACAGUCCCGGUGCGGGGACACUGCGAGCGCCAUGAGCAGGUGACAAGCGCCCGCUUCUAGGAGUGCAUCAUCACUGACUUGAGGACCACCGAUCUUGGGACCACAGGAGGAGGAGGAUGAAAAGGAUGCUCUUGCUCUCCAACGUCACCGACACCCCAAAAGCCCAUGGCUUCUUCAUUAGGGGUGCUCUGGAGAAACAGGUGUCGGGGAAGUGACGUCACGAGCCUCGGAAACCGGAGGUGUGCGCUUUGGAGAGCAAGAUGGCAGCGAAAUCCGACGGUCGGGGGGUCGCCACCGGUUUCGCCCAGCUGCACAACCUGGACGAGGCGGUGGGGAGCUGCGAGGACGACCCGCGGCAGGGCAGCUCCUUCCACAUCUGCCACUGCUGCAACACCUCGUCGUGCUACUGGGGCUGCCGGAGCGCCUGUCUGCAUUACCUCCUGGACAAGGGGAGAGACGUCAGGCGGCCCCCUCACGAGGAGCGCCUCUGGUUGGACUGCCUGUGGAUCGUCCUCGCGCUGCUCGUCUUCUUCUGGGACGUGGGCACCGACUUAUGGCUCGCGCUCGACUACUACGCCAAGCAGGACUACCUCUGGUUCGGACUCACACUGUUCUUCGUGCUGGUGCCGUCGGUGCUGGUCCAGAUCCUGAGCUUCAGGUGGUUCGUGCAGGAUUACACGGGGGGCGGCUUGGGCUCCGUGGAGGGUCUCAGCAGCACCAGGAGAUCCACGAGCGCAGGGGUCUACAACAGGGCCAGGUGCUGUCGCGUCUCAGUGUGGGUCUGGCAGACGCUCAUACACAUCCUUCAGAUGGGACAAGUGUGGAGGUACAUCAGAACAAUGUAUCUGGGCAUCCAGAGCCGCAGACAAAAGGAGAACCAGCGACGCUUCUACUGGGCCAUGAUGUACGAGUAUGCCGAUGUCAACAUGCUCCGUCUACUGGAGACAUUUCUGGAAAGCGCUCCACAGCUGGUGCUCCAGCUCUGCAUCAUGAUUCAGAAGAACCGGGCCGAAACGCUACAGUGUGUGUCGGCAGUCACGUCUCUCCUCUCUCUUUCCUGGGUUCUGGCCUCGUACCACAAGCUUCUGCGUGAUUCCCGUGAUGACCAAAAGAGCAUGAGCUACCGGGGAGCUGUGGUGCAUCUCCUAUGGCGAUUCUUCACCAUUUCCUCUCGGGCACUCUCUUUCGCCCUCUUUGCCUCGGUUUUCCACCUCUACUUUGGCAUUUUUGUGGUGCUGCACUGGUGUGCCAUGGCCUUCUGGGUAAUCCACGGAGGCACCGACUUCUGUAUGUCCAAGUGGGAAGAGGUGCUAUUCAACAUGGUGGUCGCCGUUGUCUACGUCUUCUGCUGGUUUAACGUCAAGGAGGGAAGGACCCGAUACCGCAUGGUGUUUUAUUACUCGCUGGUGCUAGUGGAAAACACCAUCCUUACCGCUCUCUGGUAUGCCUACAGAGACCCGGUCUCUACGGACUCUUACGCCGCAUCUGCCCUGUGUGGCGUCUUCCUGUGCUUUGCUUCCGGAGUGGCUUGCAUGGUUCUUUACUAUGGGGUCCUGCAUCCUAUGGGGCCCAGGUUGAGGGUGCUGGCCAGUUCCUGCUGUGCCGAGCUUCUUUGGGGCCUCCCCUUACCACCUGAGGCUGAGCCCAUGGCACCCACUCCAGGGCCCCGGGGCUCCCAAGCAACCCCGACCAGGGGCAUGGCUUCAGGGGAUUACAGUGAACCAGAGGAGGCCGCCACAGACACUUGCCUGCCAGUCUUUCAGGUGAGAUCAACUGAGCCCACAGAUGCGUCGGGACGGCCCAUUCCUCCAAAGGGGCCCCUAAUCAAGAUUGAUAUGCCCAGGAAGCGCUACCCAGCCUGGGAUGCUCACUUUGUGGACCGCCGUUUACGGCGGACCAUAAAUAUUCUCCAGUUCAUCAGCCCCAACGCAGUGGGCAUCAGGUACAGGGACGGACCCCUCCUCUAUGAGCUGCUCCAGUACGAGUCCUCCCUAUGAAGGCGUGCGAUGAUGCCGCUUUUCUCUACUCUCUCGACCCUCUCUGGUUCUCUGGUUCCCUUGGUGCUUUUUUCUUCAGAGUUUUUAUUAUUUAGUUGUGCUCUCGAGCUACAAGAGUGCAUCUAAGGUCUAAACAGAGAAUAUUCAACAUAUAUUUUGACUAACACAGUGUAGAGUUGAGGAACAAAGUGUUCGAAAUACAACAUUCCCUAGUUUGGGUUACUCUGGUGUGAAUGUUCGACUAAUACUGUAUGUAUGUUUGAUGGUGUUUGUGUUCCUGUCACCUCUGAGAUGUGCAUGAUGGGAAUGAUGGAGGAACAUAGUCUCUUGCAUCCUCAUUCUGAUUUCGCUUUUACCAUUUUGUGCCUAUGUUUUUGUUUUUUCCUAAACAGCUGUAACGACAGCUGAUCUUA